AUGGACGAGUGGACGAAUGAAAGAGUGUGUGUCGAGGUGUGUUUUGGGAGAGAAAUGGACAGUCGUAGCGUCUGUCUGGCUGGCGGGAUCAAGCACUUGGCGUCCGGCCUCGUGAUUGGCCCAUUUGUCUCUGUUCUCCUCUCAAUCCCAUCUCCCCUCUCUCGCUCUCUCUCUCGAGCCGGACGAAUGGCUGCUCCGUGUAGCCGUGUCGUCUGUCCUGCGCGUCGGCUGCAGCCUAUGGUGUGA